CCAACAUAAACCAACAUUCCAUCACACUUUUCUAUCUCUCUCUCUAUUUCAAAUCUUUACUUUUCCCUCACUCCUCUUUCUCUCUCAUGAUCCCCACUCUUCUGACUUCAUCUCUACAUUUUCAUUUGAUGGGUAGUUGCCGAGACAUGGGAUAUUGGACCUGCUUCCAUAAGUCUAAGGAUCCUUCGAGGUCUUCAUGGCCAUUGUUGUGUGAUGGGUAGUUGCUGAGGCAGUUCAAUGGUGGUUUUUGGGCUUUGGUUCUCAGAGAGACCUGGGUGGGGUGGUUUUCUUGGCGAUGAUUUUUGAUGGGUUUUACUUGUUUCGGACUUGGGUGAAAAUGCAGUGAACUUUGUUUGAAGGAAGCGAGAUUUGGUGAAGCUCGGUUUAGUUUAGUUGUAGAGAUGAGAUCUCUUACUUUUGUUAUUCUUUCUGUGAUUUGGGGGGUUCUUUCUUUACCUUCCCAUUCCGCUACGGUUGAUGAAGUUAAGGCUCUUUGGGCCUUCAAAGAAGCAAUAUAUGAAGACCCUCUUUCAGUGUUAUCGAAUUGGAAUUCUCUUGAUGCGGAUCCUUGUGACUGGCUUGGCAUUGUUUGUUCACCAUAUCGUGGUUCUGUUAUAGCCCUGAACCUUUCGAGCUCAUCUUUUAAUGGAUUUCUUGCACCUGAACUUGGCCUGCUUAAUUCAUUGGAGACCCUAAAUCUCCACAAUAAUCACAUUAUUGGACCAAUACCCAAACAAUUGGGUGGAUUGAAAAGGUUGAAGGUUAUUGAUUUGGGUUACAAUCAGCUCUCCGGGGCUAUCCCUAAUGAGCUUGGGAACUUGACCAGCAUCAUUAAAAUAAACCUCCAAUCUAAUGAACUGAUAGGUAGCAUUCCCCCUGAGCUUGGUGCUCUGAAGAACCUUUGGGACCUGCGUUUGGAUAGGAAUAGGCUUCAAGGAACUAUUCCUGGCAGUGUUUACACAAUGAAUUUCACAUCAAAUAUGCAAGGAAUGUAUGCCCCACGUAGAAAUUCCUCUGGCUUUUGCCAGUCCAAUCAAUUGAGAAUUGCAGAUUUCUCGCACAAUUUCUUUGUUGGACAGAUCCCCCAAUGCUUAAACUAUCUCCCCAGAUAUAGUUUUCAAUGGAACUGCUUGGAUGAUAGAGGUUCCAGCAAUCAGCGUCCUUCUCAGCAGUGUAUUCCUGAUGCCUCUACAAGGGUCCCGGCCUCGAGAGAUAAAGAGGAAGGAGAAAUUUCGAAGAGGUCAUCAAAGUCCCCUUGGGUGUUAAUUUUGGAGAUCUCAACAGGAAUUGUUGCAGGCAUUAUUGUGUUUUUUGUCAUUGUUACAACGGUUCAGAGAUGUAGAGGGGAAACGGCGAUUGUGAUGCCCUGGAGGAAAACAUCAAAUGGACAUGACCAGAUUGCAUUACCUGCUGAUGGUGAGAUGUUGAAGGAUGUGUUACUCAUAAGUCGUGAGGAUCUGGAAACAGCUUGUGAGGAUUUCAGUAACAUAAUAGGCAGUUCUCCAGACAGUGUAGUCUACAAAGGAAUUACUAAGGAUGGACAAGAGAUAGCUGUGAUAUCACUUUGCAUGUCCAAAGAAUAUUGGACUUGCUCUCAUGAACUUUAUUUUCAGAGUCAGGUUGCAGAUUUAGCAAGGUUAAAUCACGAAAACAUCGCCAAGUUGUUAGGGUAUUGCAAAGAGAGUGAACCCUUUUCCAGAAUGCUUGUCUUUGAAUAUGCUUCAAAUGGGACUCUGUAUGAGCAUCUUCACUUUGGUGAGGGGGCUCAAUUAUCAUGGUCCAAACGUAUGAAAAUUAUUAUUGGCAUUGCUCGUGGUUUAAGAUACUUGCACUCAGAGCUUCAGCCUCCUUAUAUACUAUCUGAGUUGAGUUCUAGUGCUAUUUACCUAACUGAAGAUUUUUCUCCUAAGGCUAAGGAGUUUCUUGAAGUACCAGAGAUGAUAUCCUACCUGGUAGACCCCGCAUUGAAACAAUUUCGAUACGAAGAUCUCCGAGUUGUAUGUGAAGUUGUGACCCUCUGCAUACAGGUUGACCCAUCCAAUAGGCCUCUUGUAUGCACUCUUGCUUCAAUGCUUGAGAAUGGCAUCAACACAUCUCCCACUGUUGACAAAGAGUCUCCCUUAGCGUGGGCUGAGCGUGUACUAAAUUCAUAGAUAUCAUGCGAAUUCAAUCAUAUGAAUUCAACCCUCUCUCUCUCUCUGGGUUGCUCAUUUUCAGGUUCCCACAGGUUCUUUCCCCCUUUCUUUUACAGUCAGACCCAGGGAAAUCCCAUUGGGUCUUCUUUAAGGGGCCUGCAGGGUCAAGGGAAUUGAUGACUUAAUGCGCGGCGGAUUCAGCUGUGGUGAAGUCUCUGUUUCUCUCAGAGGUUUUGUAGCAUAUGGAAGCUGAUUUGUUUCACCUGUAUUGCUGUAUCAGAUGAUUUGUAUAGUGUAACACAAUAUGUGAGGUAAAACAAUUUCAUGCUCGAUUCCAUUAAUAUCUGGGAAGUGGGGGUUGACUACUUCUGUGCCUCCCUCUCUCUCUGGUUGUUUUAUUGUAAAUAAAUGUUUGGUAGAGUACGUGGUGGAUAUUCAUGAGGGAAAAUGAGCCAAUGAAUCUCAACAGCAGUUCAAUAGAGAGGGGUCGAGGAA